AUGGGUAGAGCAAACAAGGCAACAAAGAAGUUGGAUGUCCAAGCAUUGAAGAAACAGAGACGUACUAUCAGAAAAUUUCACAAUGUAGAGUCUAAAAAGCUAAAGACAUUAACAAACAGAAGAAAUAAGAGAGGUGAAGAUGAUGAAGAUGUUGAGUUGGAAGAACAAGAGAAACAAGCAAAGAAGAAUAUAAAUAUUGUUGCUGGUGAAGAUGAUGACGAUGUAGAUUUGGAGAAUUACGAUGAGGAUGAAGAUGAAGAGGAUUUCGAUGAUGAGGAGGAGGAAGAUGAAGAGGAUGACGAUGCCGACGACCAAGAAGAUAAACAAUUGUUCUCAGAGAAAGAUAAGAAGAUGAUGAACAAGAAAACAAAGAGUGCCGAUGCAACAAGCACAACCAACGAAGAGUCUGACCCAGUCAAGUCAUUGAAAGGUCAAAUCGCUAAACAUCGUGAUGAUCUUGCUAAACUUAGAGAGCAAGAUCCAGAGUUGUUUAAAUUCUUGGGUGAGAAUGAAUCUGGUCUUUUAGACUUUGGUAUGGACGACGACAAUGAAGAUGAGGAAGAAGAUGAAGAUGAUGAUUUAGAUGAAGACGAAGAAGGUGAAGGAGAAGGUGAAGAUGAAGAAGAUCAAGCAGAUACUAAAGAUAAGAAGAAAGAAAAGAAAAAGAAACAAAAAGUUGAAAAAACUAAAGAACAAGAAAUUUUGACAAGUGAAUUGUUGGAUUCAUGGUUUAGUGAGUGUGAGAAAGAAUUGACAUUAAAGAGUUUGAAAAAGUUGUUGUUGGCUUUCAAGUCGGCAUGUCAUACCGGUAUGUCUGGUUCUAUUCACACUCAAAAGAAGAAGGUCGAUGAUACUCGUGAUGCCGACUCUAUCAGUAGUCGUGACAUUCCAUUCAAGAUCAUACAUCACACUGUUUUCAACCAGACUCUGAUUGUAUGUCUUCAGAACAUUCCCAAGUACUUGGAUCAGCUCUUGGGUUACGAUAGCACCAAAGACGAAUCGACAACACGUCCAAAGCUUCCAAACACUCUCGAGAAAUGGUCGACCAUGUUCACUGUCAUUCGUACCUACAUCAAGAAUCUCAUCUAUCUUGUCGAUCAACUCACCGAUCCAAAGAUGAUUCUCAUCGCGCUCAAGGGUCUCGAGAAGGUAGUCUGCUAUCUCGCUUGUUUCUUACCAUCCUCUAAAUUAACCUUGAAAUCCUUACUUCAACAUUGGCAAUCCUCAGAUGAAGCAGUUAGAAUCAUUGCAUUUUUAUGUAUUAGAAAGAUGGCAAUUCACACACCAUAUCCAUUCAUCGACGAGUGUCUCAAGGGUGUCUAUUUGACAUACGUUAGAAACAGCAAGUUUGUGAGUACCACUAGUUUGCCAAUUAUCAACUUUAUGUGCAAUUGCGUUGUUGAGAUUUUCAGUUUGGAUUUUGCCACCUCGUACCGUCACGCUUUUGUUUAUAUCCGUCAGUUGGCCAUUCAUCUUCGUAACACCUUGAACAAGCUAACCAAAGAAUCGAUCCAGAACAUCUACAAUUGGCUUUACAUCAACGGUCUGAAAGCAUGGGUUGAGCUGAUCGCCGCACAUCCACAACAGGAACAGUUGAAACUCCUCCAAUACCCAGUGACACAACUGCUGAUCGGUGUAAUCGGACUGACCAACUCUGGAAAGUUCUUCCCACUGCGUUUCACAUGCAUUCGUAUGUUGAAUCGUUUGGCCGAGUCAAACUCACUCUUUAUCAACACUGCACCCUACCUGUUGGAGUUGUUGACCACCAAGGAGUUCACCUCUGACGGUGGUGCCACUGCAUCAAAGAACAAAGAAAUCAACUUCCUCACUUCACUUUCCAUUCAAGACUCCUACAUCAACACCCGUUCUUUCCGUGAUGGUGCCAGAGAUCAGUUUGCUUUGUUGCUCGUUGAGAACCUCAAUAUUUAUUCAUGCGAAAUUGGAUUCCCAGAGUUGUCGAUUCCGGUUAUCUUGCAUCUCAAGAAGUAUAUUAAGGACAUUAAGAAUGUAAAGACCAUCAAACAAAUGAAAGAAAUCGUUGAUGCUAUUAAUAAACAAUCUAGAAAUAUUAAAAAUAAGAGAGAUCAAGUUCGUUUUUCACCAAAGGAUACAAAGCAGGUUGCUGCUUUCUCGACUCACUUGAAGGAGCAAUUGGGUGCCAAUGGAAAUCCACUCACCGUAUUGCUCAACAAUCUUAAGAAGAAGAGUCAAGCACAACAAGAGAUGUUUGUACAAUCAACAAAGGAAUACAAUUACGAAGACGAUCAAGAAGAGCAAGAAGAUGAUGAGGAAAUGGAAGAGGAUGACGAUCAAGAAAUGGAAGAUGAUGAAGACUUUGAAGAUGAUGACGACGAAGAAAUGGAGGAAGAAGAUGAAGAACAAGUUGACGAAGAAGAACAAAAGCGUCCAGCAAAGAAAACAAAACCAGCCAAACAAUCAAAGAAAGUACUUAAAGAAUCUACAAACGAUGAUGUUGUUGAAGAUUUAAGCUUCUCUGAUGAUGAAUAA